ACCAUGUAUACGUUCAAAUCAGCUUUAAUUGGGUUUUUAGUGCCGUGGAUGAUGUGCUCAAUUAGCGUGCGACGCGCUGGUUGGCUUGACCGCGUCGUGGAGUAUCAAAAGAAACAUUUUUUUGAUGAUCUCCUGAGUCAAUCAAUGAAAAUCACAGUAAAAGUAGAAAAAGCGCCUCCUGGAUAUGCGGACUCUAAGGACUGGGAUUAUGAUUCCGUCAUCCGUCUGCUUACACUUAUUCGAGAUAGCGAAGGAGCCGCGCCAGUAAGACACGCAUUCCGUCGUGCCAUAAAAACCAACAGAGGGUUCAUAAGCUUUUCUGAAUCAUUUAAAGCUUUUCCUAGUUUAAUUAAGGACCACCCUAACGAUUUCCACUACGAGGUAGAUUCUGGAGAGUACUACGCAGAUGUAUCACCCAUUAAUAUUGACGGAAAAUUAGAAAUGAACGAUAUCAUCGUAGUCUCUAACCCUGUCGAAGCAAAGCUGCCCAGCGCGAGCAUCAGCGUAAAUCUGCUUAAGCAAAUUUUAGAGAAUAGAGCAGCAGCGGGCAGAGUCUUACCAACAACAGUACUCGAUAUCUCCUGGCCAGUGACAGCCAAGAAUAGUACUUCUGCUAAAGAAGUUACCGAGAACGCUGAGACCACUACCAGUUCCACUACUGUGCUUGCUGAAGUAACAACUGCAACCUCACAAGGCAACGUGUCCGACACUGCAAGUGGUAAUGACACGGCGGUGAACGCAACUGGCACUAAUCAAACGGAAACUUUAUAAACUAGAUCAAUAAAGCUUUAACUUGUAGAAAUCUAA